AUGGGCCACAUGCAGAGGAUUGGUACGCCUUUCUUCGAUAGCAGAGUUGGUCCAGAGGAGGCAGACGCGUGGCGUCAGAGAGUGGAGCGGAACUUUCAUUCGAUCCGUUGUCCUAUGGAGUACUGGGUGGAGUUAGCGGUCCACUAUUUGAGUGGCGAUGCUCAUUUGUGGUGGCAGGCCGCGGUGGGCCGGAGGGCAUUUUGGACUUGGGGCGACUUCCUUGUGGAGUUCAACGCCAAGUAUUUCCCGAGGCAGGCUCGUGAUCGUCUUCAGAUGCGGUUUAUGGCAUUGAGCAGGGUUCGCGUUCUGUACGCGAGUAUGAUGAGGAGUUCAGCCGUCUGUUAG